AUGGACAUCCACAUCGAAGGUCCGGAAACGUUUAAAUACAAUGUACCUCAGCGAUCUCAAGCUUUUUUGAAGGCCAAUGCUUCCAAUUCUACAUUCCUUGAUUCUCUCUUGACCAGAAAACUGAUCUAUCAGUUUCACCGUAAGUUUCCUUUCUUAGAGAUUUGUAUUUUUAGGUAUCUUCUGCGAAACACAAGAAAUAUCAUCUGAACAUGGAGAAAUUCUGCCGCUUGAACUGUAAGAUGUUUUACCUUGGUUUGGUAAAUUAGGGUUACAACGUAUGAUUUGAUCAUUUUAGAACCGUGGAAUUAAGUGCUCGUUAUCGAGAUUCAAUAAGAGAUGUGGUUGCUCGUUUGAAAGCAAAAUCAGAUCUUCCGUUUGAGGAAAAACGUCUGAGGAUGGAGUUGGAAAGUGCAGAUGUUUUGUGGUCACUGGUUGAAUUCGUUUACUUUAGACCGAAAGACAGUCUCAUUGUAAAAGAUCUUAUGGAAUGGGCUUCAUAUUUAAUGGGAGAGUCAGCCAAAUCAAGGGUAUCAGAAGUUUUGGAAUCAGUUGAGAGGCCUGAUCUCCAUCCAUCUUAUGUUAAUGCUGUAAGUCGAUACAGGUUAUUUUUCCAAUCUUUUAGUUGUUUUAUUCGGUAUUCCAAGCUGACUUUACAACUGCGCAGACGUUGCUGAGGAAUAAUUCGCGGUAUAGCACUGACCUGAAACUCCAACAGAUGACUUAUUUCAUGGAAGCUUUUUCUUUGGUCUUUGAAAAUCCCGAUUUUAGCCCUGAGGAAUUCGUUGAAGCACAGAGGGUAUGUUAUCUUACAUCAAAUGACUAUGUCAUCUAGAAAGUUCGUGAGGCAGUAAGAGCGAAUUCGUUUGCUGAUUCAGAUUUGUUCCAAACCAUAUCAGGCGUGUUGUUAGGGAAGGCGGAAAGUUAUGUUCAAGUAACCCAGCACUGUUUUGACUCCUGGUACGAGUUAUUGCCAGCGUAUGUUCUCUUCUCAACUCCUGCUUGUGAUUUGGAUAACGUAGCCAAUGUUGCUAAAGUAAGUUUAUUGUGAUUAUUAAUAUUUACAUAUUUUUAUAGACCAUUUACGAAGCACUUUCAAAUCCAUCGCUUUCACAAGUCGAGCAACUUUCAACUCCAUUGGACAAGUUAAUAUUCUCUGUCCUCUCAAAACGAUGCCAAGAAAUGCUCUUGGAGAUUUGUCGAUCCAGCGGUUUCUGGUGGUUUCCAGUUCAUCUUUGCGACAUCUUCCAAAAACAUGAUCCAUACACAAUGAAUGCGCUGGCCGAAUUAGUAGAUCCUUUGUGUAAUCAGUUCGACGAGAAUGGCCAAAGGCAACAGACUGAGUUGAGUGUAAGAUCCAAGUUGCUGAUUGAUUAUGGAGACUCUCUUUUGUAUUCGGAUUACUGGAAUCUGGCCCCAGAUUAUCUGUUUUACUGCGGAACCGAAUUUCCGAAGGAUUUUUUGGAUGACAAGGUUGAGAAGUUGACAUUUACAUCGUUCAAGAAGGCUGAUUGGUUCUGGAAUUUGGCUUUGAGAUUGGAUCUGCCGAAGACCAAGGUCAGCAUCAGCAGAGAAAUGAUCCAAACGUGAGUUCAGUUAACGAUAAUUAAAAUACUUUUGCAUUUAGAUAUUCGUCCAAGAAAAGUUUUAAUGAAGCUCUCUGUUGGGCUCUAAAAUCUCAGCAAAAUGAGUUGAUUGAAGAAGUGUCUAACCUUCUCUUGGAGAAUGUGACCGCCGAUUCAGUGACCAAUCUUAGGAUCUUUGACGCCCCUCCUGACGCCUUCUACCAGUAUCCAACUCUAAUGCUCCUUCAGAGGUUUUACCAAUUCAGAAGAUGCUUAUUGGAUGGCCAGGCAAAAGAAGCGGCGACCCGGCUUUAUGAAUUGGUCAGGUUUGGAACGGCUCCCAUCCAUUUCCAACUUAUUUUAUUCGAUCAGAUGAGCAAACUUCUGGAUCCGGCAGCCAACGAAUUCCUUGAUGUAAGCUAUUUUUUUAUUCUAUUUUUUGCAUUGGUCAACAUAAAGUCUUGCUCUUCAGCUCCCACAACUCAAUCAAGAAUCAAUUAUGGACCUAAUGCGGGCAGUUAACAUCUUUCUUGUGCAAAAUGAUAUCAUCAAUCCGAAGAAGAAUGCUGAUAAUGACUUCGAUCAGGCAGAAUUAGUAACUAAAGUUGGGCAGCUCCGUCACUCGUUGUGUAACGCACUGUCAAUGAAGUUACAUUGA